AUGAAUGAAUUACCUAUUUUGAAAUAUAAAGAUGAAAUUAAAAGAUUGUUAAAAGAAAAUAAUUUAGUAAUAAUAAAAGGAGAAACAGGAUGUGGAAAAACCACUCAAGUACCUCAAAUAAUAAAUGACAUAUAUUUUAAUAAUAAAAAAAACGAACUUAAUAAAAAAAAAAAUGAUAAUAAAAAAAAAAAAAAGAAAAUGCUAAUAUCUCUUCCAAGAAAAGUGGCAACGAUAACUGUUGCUGAAAGAGUAGCAAAAGAAAUGAAUAGAGGUGAAGUUGGUAGUUAUGUUGGUUAUACUAUAAGAUUCAAAAACGUAUGCUCAAAAGAGACUAGAAUUAAGUUUGUUACUGAUGGAAUAUUAAUUAGAGAAAUUAUGAAUAAUCCCUUACUAAAGAAAUAUAAAUUUUUAAUUCUGGAUGAAAUACAUGAGAGAUCUAUUAGAACUGAUGUUUUAUUAGGUUAUACCAAAAUUUUGUUAGAGAAAAGAAAAAAUUUAAAAAUUAUUCUUAUGUCUGCUACUUUUGAUAUCAAUAUAUUUAAUCAUUUUUUUAAUAAUCCUCCUAUCAUUUCUAUUCCUCAUAAACUUCAUAAAAUUACAAUUUUUUAUCCGAAGAAAACAAUAGAAGAUUAUCUCCUUUCUAUUGUAUGCACUAUUUUGCAAAUCCAUUUUGGUAAUUCUCAUAUAAAAAGUGAAGGAAAUAUAUACUAUUCUACAUUUGAAAAUGACAAUGAUGAAAAAUACAGUAUUCAACAAAAUGAGAAAGAAAAAGAAAAUGAGCAAGAUGAUAGUGUUAUAGAUAAGCAGGAUUUUAUUAGAGAGAAAAAAAAAAAAAAAGAUAGCUUAGGAGAUAUUUUGGUUUUUCUUCCAGGGCAAGAAGAAAUAGAAAUGGUAAAUAUCAUGUUAAAAGAAAAAUUAAAAAUAAUAUACAAGGGAACUUUAUUAAGCAAAUUGAUUAGCAACGAAAAUCAAAAUCAAGAUAAUCAAUUCUUAAAUAAAAUGAAUAGAGUAUUAAAUGCAGAUAAUCAAAUUAUUAAUGACAUUUGUUUUCAUUUUGGUACAACUGAAAUUAUACCAGAUAAAAUAUAUACUAUGAAAAUUUUGCAGUUGUAUUCAUCACUUCCUAAUAAAAAGCAGAGGAUAAUAUUUGAACCUGUUCCACCUAAUACAAGAAAAGUUAUUUUGAGUACAAAUAUUGCAGAAACAUCUGUUACAAUUCCAAAUAUAAAAUAUGUAAUAGACAGCGGUAAAGUAAAAAUAAAAUUUUUUGAUUCUAAAAGAGGAAGCAAUGUUUUAAAGGUUACUCAAAUAUCCAAAGACUCAGCUAUACAAAGAAGUGGAAGAGCAGGAAGAGAAGGCCCUGGAAAAGUUUUUAGGAUAUAUACAAAAGAAGAAUAUGAAAAUAUGCAUCCCUUUUUAAUUCCUGAAAUUUUUCGUUCUGACCUUACACAAAUUUACUUGGAAUUAAAAGCAAUGAAUAUAAAAAAUCCAUUAGAAUUUGAAUUUCCUGAAAAUCCUAAAAAAGAAUUUUUUGUUCAUUCAGCCAAAAUGCUAUAUAAAAUAAAUGCAAUUGAUAUAAAUAAUAAUUUAACUGAUUUAGGAAAAAAAUUGUGUUUAUUCCCAUUAAAUCCUAUAUAUGCAAAUAUAUUGUUGUGUUCUAUUGAAUUUAAUUGCAUAGAUGAGAUUGCAACCAUUAUAGCCUUAUUAAAUUGCGACAGUAUUUUUUUAAAUUAUAAUUUUUAUGAUGAUUUAAUUAUUAUCAAUGAAGAGCUAUCAAAAAAUAAUAAUGAAUUUAAAGAAAGAAAACAAAACAAUAAGGAUGCGUUAAAAGAAAAAAAGCAAGAUAAAAAAAUGAAAAUUAAAAGUGAAGAUGAAGAUGAAGAUGCAGAUGAAGAAAAUAGAGAAGAAUUAAAAGCAAAUGAUAAAAGUAAAUUAGUUAACGUUGCAAGAAGAAAACUUAUUCAUCCAGAUGGUGAUCAUUUAACUUUAUUACAUAUUUUUUAUUUAUGGAAUGAAGCAUCUACUAAUGAAAGGAAACACUUUUGCAAUAUAUAUGCCUUAAACAAUGAAGUAUUACUACAAGUCGAAAAAAUUAAAAUUCAAUUAUUAGAAAUUAUAAAAAAUAAAAUGAAAGUAAAUAUUUCAAAAAAAUUGCAUAUGCAUAAAUGGGAAAAGGUUUUAAUAUGCUUAUGCAAAUCAUGUUUUUUCAAUAUAGCUAGACUAACAUCAAACACAAAUGUUUACAUAAAUUUAGUGAAUAAAACUAAAAUACGUAUACAUCCAUCAUCUACUCUUUUUAAUUCUUUUAUCAAACCUUCUUUUAUUUUUUACUCCGAUGUAGUUCAAACAAAAAGAUUGUAUGCUCGCAUUGUUACAAAAAUUGAAGCAGAUUGGUUACUAAAAUAUGUAUCACAAAAAUUUCAAUUAAAAAAAAACUAG